GAGAAGUUACCCCAUUUUCUCAGCCCCAACGCCGCGGCGCACCCAAUGUCCUUCACGCCCUGUCACGGUCAAGUGAUCUGUGACGCUCAUGUGACCUCGCUUUGCAAUCUUUCAAGUUCGCUCUCAUACUUCCCACAUCACCAUUGCACAUCAUGCCUGACAUAUGCUGGCUGUCUUCUAUCUCUCUCGCCCAGCAGGUUCUCUUCACAGCGCUCGAAAAUUCCAACUUUACUGUCAAGUUUGACGAACGGCAUAUAUACCCUUCCCCCACCUCGAGCCCAAACUGUUUCAUCUCAGCGGCUCCAGAACAUCUACGCAUAUUUGGUUUCGUCUGCAAGAUUGUUAGACAAGCAGUGCCGGACGACGUUUCGGACUUAUUUAUCCAAAUGAUCUGUCGAGCGUUUGUGAGCGACUACUUUCUCACCGCGCUCUUGAUACGCGCUGGCGUCUAUUCUUGCUCUCCCCGCCUCACGUCACACGUUACCAAAGCCGCAGUCAAGUUUGAAGAGUACUGCCGCCGAC